AUGAGUGCCCUCUCUCUCCUCUCAUUGGCCACUUUGGCCGUGUCAGGGGUCCUUGCCAUUGGCACAAAUGACCAGGUGAACUCCAAUAUUGACUAUGGUACAUUUAAAGACCCUUCCUCAAUCGUGAGGCCAAGAUUUCGGUACUGGGUGAAUGAUGCCUCGAUGAACCUCAGCGUGGUGGCCGAAGACGUGAGAUCCAUUGGAAAAGCUGGCGCGGGGGGCAUCGAACUCCUCGGCUAUUAUUUGUAUGGAGAUUCACAAAACUAUGGAGGAGGAAACGCUGGCCCAUUGCAAACCGACUGGACACUUUUUGGGUUUGGGAGUCCCCCUUGGACGAAAAUGGUGGACGUCAUCCUUGAAACUGCGAAGGAAGAUAAUUUGAUUAUUGACUUUGCUAAUGGGCCCAAUCAAGGGGCGGGUGUCCCGGCGCCUUAUAACAGCGACGGUCUUCUCUGGGAUCUCGCCGGACAUAACUCGACGUUUGCUGCCACCAAGGGCUUCAAGGGCACCCUUCCUGGCUGGGGCUCCGGUCGCUUAGUUGCAGCUACGACAGCGAAUGUCAAAUCAAGCACUUCAUCAGAGGCGGUCCUCUAUGAGAGUUCUCUUCAAGAUGUUACAAGUUCGGUGAAGGCAGAUGGCAGCCUGGAUAUUAAGGCAAGUAGUAAAUCUGAAGGGACUGAGAGUAUUGUCUUUGCAUACUACCUCAUCCAUUCUCGCUAUCGCGAAACCCCAAGUCCUACCGACCCAUCAAUUGCAAAAGCAGUGCCACAAUCACCCGUUACAACUUACUCUCAGAAUGGGUCGUGGGUGGUUGAUCACUUCUCUGCUUCCGGUGCCCAGGUUGUGGUGGACUUCUGGAAGCAGUCGAUUUUGGGUAGCGCAGUCGACACCCUUCUUGCUGAAGUUGGCAACUAUCUAUGGGAAGACAGUCAAGAAUACACUGUCGCCACUUACUGGACACCUGGUCUUCAAAAGACAUUCCUCGCCAAUCGAGGGUACAGCAUCAACAAAUACAUACCACUCGUGGUUGGCUCCGGGGGAGAAUCGACCUUCAACACCACCUAUGUCACAGAUGAGAGCGACGCGGGUGCUAGUCACAUUGUGGACUAUCAACAAACACUCACGGAACUCAAUGCUGAGUACCUUGACACAUUGACAAAAUGGAGCAAUGACCUAGGGGUUCAAUUCUCAGCACAAGUCGUCUACAAUCUUCCAAUGGACAUGCUUGCCAAUGUGCCGCAUGUCAAUGCUCCUGAGUGUGAGACACUGGGUUUCAGUGAAAAUAUUGAUGGCUACAGACAAUUUAGCGGCCCUGCAAACCUGGCAGGAAAACGCAUUAUCUCAAGCGAAGCUGGUGCGAUUGAGCUUGAGGCUUACCAGCAGCCCAUGUCCGAGCUUCUUUGGACAUUCAAGCGCUCCUUUGCGGGAUCUGUCAAUAAUUUCAUUAUCCACGGCUUCCCAAAUUCUGGCAACUAUGGAAACACGAGCUGGCCUGGCUUCACAACUUUUAUGUAUGUGUUUUCAGCUAUGCAUGGACCUCGUCAACCGGCAUUUGAAUUCUACUCGGACUUUUUGAACUGGGUCUCUCGAAAUCAAUUUAUUUUGCAAACCGGAAUUCCGAAGGUUGAUGUUGCGUUUUGGUCAAAGUCGACAACCUACAAAGCCAUCACCACUAAAUAUGCGCCUAUGGACUUGCAAGACGCAGGUUACACCUACGAAUAUCUUAGCCCGGAUAACUUUGCGCUACCGGAGGCCUAUGUUUCGGGUGCCACAUUUGCGCCCAAUCGACAGGCAUUCAAGGCUCUUGUCGUUCGGUCCAACGAAACUCUGACAACCUUGGGUGUUGAUAAACUUGUUCAAUAUGCCAAUGCGGGCCUUCCAAUUAUAUUCCCUGGUGGGCUGCCAUCGAAUUUCAGUGGAUACAACCCAACAGCUGCUGCUAAGGCUAUUCGUUCGUUGAACGGAAUUAAGGCUCUCAAGAAUGUUCAUUUAGUCAAGUCAGAUGGGCUUGCAGAGACUCUCGAAUCUCUCAAUAUUUUCCCACGAAGCUCCAUCUCAUCAAACGGCACCUGGUAUCCGCUAUGGAGAGACGAUGCAGCUAACAAAAAGUCUUACGUCUACGUAUACAAUGACGCAACGGGUCUAUCAUUUGAGGAGGGAAUGACCUCUGGCACAGUUUCGUUUGAAAGUACUGGGGCCCCAUUCUUUUACGAUGCAUGGUCAGGAGAAAUCACCCCUAUUUCUUCCUAUACCAAGACUAAGACACAUACGACAAUCCCUCUUCAAUUGGCAGGCAACCAGUCUGUGAUUAUUGGCUUCGAGAAUAACGCCGACUCCCCAAUUCACAUCCAGGACACCGAGAUCCCAAUUCUUCCUACCAAAGGUGACUCGAAAUCUCUCACCGUACUUAGAUCUUUCGAUGAAAAGACCCGAGAAAUUACGCUCUCAACCGGGAAAAAGGCAUCUCUCUCCCCAAUGUCGACAAAGUCCUUCACCCUAGAUAAUUGGAAACUGGAAGUCGAGGCAUGGACACCACUACCAGAUUUCUAUGAUGUUGAAGGCGCAACUAAGACUAACAAAACAUUCCACACUUCGAGUCUUAUCCCUUGGAACCAGAUUUCCGACACUUUGACCAACACAUCUGGGGUAGGAUAUUAUACAACGACAUUUGCGUGGCCACCAUCAUCCUCAUCAAGUGUAUCGGGCGCAUUCAUUGAUCUUGGCCCCAUUACCCACACUGCACGCGUUAUUGUGAACGGACAUCAGCUGCCAACGCUAGAUAUCUCCUGGGCGAAGGCCAAUAUUGGUUCUUUCCUUCAGCGGGGAACUAAUACGGUACAGGUUGUUGUCAGCACGACCCUAGGCAAUGUACUGCGGACCUACUGGGAUUCGAUUGAAACAAGCGGAAAACUUGCGGUAGAUGUACUCGCUGAUCCACCAGCUGUGGAGGAAUACGGAUUGGUUUAUCCUGUGCAGAUUAUACCAUAUCGGGAAGACAAGGUGGUCUAG